UUAAAAGUUAAAACACACUCGUUUUGUUCAUUCCAUCACAUUCUAUUCCUCUUCUUCUUCUUCUUCUUCUCCUUCUUGUUGGAGCGAUGGGAAACUCUUCCUCCAUGCUAACGCAGUACGACAUCGAAGAGGUCCAGAAAUAUUGCGAAGACACUUUCACGCAGCAGGAGAUCGUAUCUCUGUACAGUAGGUUUUGCCAGCUGGAUCGUAAGAACUGCGGCUUCAUUCCCUCCGAUGAAUUUCUCAGCAUUCCCGAAUUCUCGCUCAACCCUCUCUCUCACUCUUUGCUCAACAUGUUGGAUGGUUUGAACUUCAAGGAAUUUGUUGCAUUCUUAUCCGUCUUUAGUCCUCGUGCUACUAUGCAACACAAAAUUGAAUUUAUUUUCAAGGUGUAUGAUACUGAUUGCAAUGGCAAAGUAACUUUCCGUGACAUUUUAAGGGUUCUGAAGGAUAUGACUGGACAAUUUAUGCCUGAAAAACAGAUGGAGGAGAUUCUUACACAGGUCCUUGAGGAAGCAGGCUAUCAAAAAGAUUCUGUUUUGGUCUUAUCUGACUUCAUGAAGAUUCUUGGCGAUUCGGACCUGAAGAUGGAAGUUGAUUUUCAUGUUGAUUAGAAUGAAAGUACCAAUGGUAUUAAAAUAUAGUAUAGUCCUACUUUCUUUCUGUUUCAUUUAGGAGAUUCUUGAUCAUGAUAACUAGUUCUUAUAUUAUUUUUGGACUCUAAUUAUUUAGAAACAAAAACAUGGAUGAUAAAUUCUUAACAGCAUUCAGCAUUCUUUUUUCUUGGAA